CCAGUGUUCCGGAUCAUUUAAACAAGAUUAUCUGCAUUUGAUCAACACUAAACAAUUUGUAUCAAACCACAAUCGUUAUGGAUUAUCUGCGAUGGACAUGGAUUUCAAUUGUCACUAUUGUCAUCAGCUUUCAAAUCAUCUCAGUGUGUCACGCGGGAGAAGGAUAUUCUGGAGAGAAGAAUGUGACAGAGAAACUUUUAUCAGAUUACGGUCCUAUAUCAGCCCGUCCUUUACGAAACUCUUCAAAACCAAUUGUAGUCUUCUUCAGGGCAUUGCUAAGAGAACUCAUAUCUUUUGACGAAACCAACCAAGUUAUCACGCUCUUAAUCUAUGUUAGAUUGACUUGGGUAGAUGAGUACCUACGGUGGGACCCUGUCGGAUACAACAGGACUCUACUAAUGAUUCCAAAGAACAUAUGGUUACCUGAACUAACAUUAGAUGAAAAUGUGGAUCGAGAUUUCAUAAGUUCUCCGAGUACCUACGCAACGGCCACAUCAGAUGGAACCGUCAACUGGUACUUCCCUGCCGUUAUCACCACAACCUGUAAGGUCGAUGUUCGUUUCUUUCCUUUCGAUAUCCAGGAAUGCACUCUUACUUUUCUCCCGUGGACGAUGGACGAGAGUAUGAUGAUGCUUCGGUUCCCUGAAGGUGAAGACGCGACGCAAGACAUCUACCAACGCAAUGGUAUCUGGCAUCCUUCUUCAUUCAAUGCUAAGAACGUCAGUAUAUCUUACAUCUGCUGUGAGUACCCUUGGUCACAUGUCAUCUACACACUUCGGCUCCGGAGAGAAUCGAGAUUCUUCCGAGAGACCAUCAUCCUGCCUUCCGUUCUCUUGACCGUGCUCAUGGCAACAGUAUCGUGGCUUCAUCCUGCUUCAGGCGAGAAGAUGACAUUGGCAGUCAGUAAUCUACUAGCCCUCAUCCUCUUUCAGCAGCUUGUAGCAGAUAGUAUGCCACCCAUUGGAGAUAAUACGUCCAUCAUCGUUACAUUUUUCUUCAUUAUGAUCGCUCUUGGAUGUGCAUCGGUUAUCUUUUCUGUGAUCGUCCUCCGAAUCUAUCAUAAUGGUGGUGACAAACCAUUGCCUCGUUGGAUCAGAAACAUCAUUUAUCGUUGCAGUGGCUGUACUCUGAUUUUUGGUCGGGUCAGGUUGCAAGAAGCUCUAAAAGCUAUGAUGUCAGAAGCACCACAAGUCACCUUCAUUAAUCAAAUUUCACUAAGGAGCACACCCAAUAGCAAACCAUCUCAGGAACCAAUCCCGGACGUUUCUCAUCCAGAGGGUAAAGCAACGAAACAGACGGUAGAAAAUAGCCAACUCCCACGAGGAUUUUUAGAAAAGGAAACGAUCGAUAGCACCUACGAGAAGAAUGCUACGAUGUGGCGAGAGACAGCCCUGGUCUUCGACAAGAUCUUUGGAUUGGUCCAGUUCUUAGUAAUCAUUGGUGCAUGUCUUUAUAUGUUAAUAGGCUAUGUGACGGCUGACCCAUCUGCAACAAUCUAGUUGAUUCCGAUCUUAGUCAGUGUUAGUCAAAAUCAGAAAGUCACACUCUUCGUCAGUGCCCAUGAUGUGACAACAAAAACGAGAAUUCGAUAUCCGUUUUUGAAACAGCUGUGAAAACACGUAUUCAAUACACACACACACCCACACACACAUUUAUAUACAUAUAUAUAUAUUUACCAUAAUUUCACAAUUUCUUGAGUGAAACUACACAUCUAUUAUUCAUUUUCAGUUCUUUCAAUGCAUAUAUACAGUAUAUAUUAUCAUUGUUAUGUUGUUAUCGUAUCUUUGGUUAUUUGGUUGGAAAGUAAAAACUCAUUGAGAAAUUGCUAAAUUAUAAAAAAUAUCGCCAUUUCCAAACUAAUUACAAAUUUUAUUCUUUUUAAUACAAUGUAUACCUUCAUUAUAUUUUCAUCAUUUUUAUAUCAACGUAGAAAGGGUCUUAAUGAAUUCAUAAUUUAACUGAAGAUUCCUGAAAGUCCUUUGCAGUGAGUAUGAUUUUUUAAAUGAUAGACAUGAUAGAUGAGAGGAGUAACAUGGAGGCAUCCGGAGUAUUUUGCUCGUUUUAUCCUGACAUUUAUAGAUAAAAAGAUCUCAACCCUUCGGAGUAAAAUGCCACAUCUUAGAACCAUACGUCUCAACAGAAUUGAUACUUGAAUUGAAUAGUUUCAUUUUAAUCCAUUUUGUGAGUAUAAUUCGAUACCGAUGAGAGUAUAUGGAAAUCAAAUUGAAUUCUCGCCAUAAUCCUAAUAGAUUUCUUUCAGUUUUCAAAAGAUUUGUCAUACGUUUAAUUUCGAGUCAUUGAGAUGAUAUGACCUCCUUUCCGUUUUUUCAAGGCCACGACGCUUUAAUGUUGAUUUUUCUUGUAUAACUUUUAAAACACUCCCAUUAUAUUCAAAAUGUAGAACGUAAAAAACAAUGUUUCACUUAAAGAAGAGAGACAAAUCAAUCGGCAACUUACAUUGUUUUUCUUCUUAUAUAUUGCUCUUAGGUAAACUUACACAUAUUUUUAAAAUGUCUAGAUAAUUUAGAGAAUUCAUUAUUAAUGAUAUACAAUUCGUGGAAAAUCUGAGAGUAAUUUUAAAUUUUGGUAUUAGUCUUUGUCCAUACUUUGGAGUUUGGUUAAAAUCAAUGAGUGUUUGCCUCAGCGUUCGAUUCCUCAUCAUUGUAUCUAAUCUCAUAUUAAUUUCAUUAAUCUACAUGUAAUUGAACUACAGGCAAAUUCUUGAAAUAACAGAUUUUCUACUUUGCAAAGUUUGGCAAAUGGUUUAUCUUAACUCAUCAUGGGAUAAAUUGUUGAUAAAAUAAUUUUGGAGAAAGGAUUUUUACAAUUUUCAUAUUCUAAGCAUAAGAAGCUCGGGGUGAAAUAAUCAGGGAAACGAAUCUCGGGUCGCUUAUGGAUGAAGGGGGGGGGGGGGGGGGGGGAGUAUCUCUUGAUAAUUUAUGAUUAAUUUCGGUCACACAUUUUUUGAUAUAAUAUGAAUAUUCUCUUAAUUGCUCAAGUUCAUGGGAUGUUAUGUCGUUUGGGAACCGGGUAUAUCCUUUCAAAUUUACCUAUAAAUAUGUAAAAUUAAAUGAAAAUAUAUCAUGACAUUGAUCUUAU